UGGUGUUGUUUUAGGUUUGCCUCUUUUAGUUCCUACUAAUCAAAUACAAUAUAUGCCACAACCAUUUCUUGGAGGAAACUUGAAUUUGCCUAAUUAUGGACUUUUCUCUCAUGUGAAUGCUUCAAAUAUUGGUAGUGGAAUUCAUCAAAUGUUGCCUAAUUAUCAUCAUGAAUUUGGUGCACAUGAGGAAGGCACGCCUCCGGCUAUGCACAAAGAUAUAGCAGAAUUGUUGAAGAACAGUUUGAAAAUUCAUGCUGAAGAAGAGAAAGAAGUCCCUCCUGAUGCUAGGACUGUGUUUUUGACUUUCUCCAAAGGCUAUCCAAUUACAGAAACUGAAGUCGUAGAGUUCUUCACCAGGAAAUUUGGGGAGGAUGUUGAAGCUAUUUACAUGCAAGAGGUUUCGGAUGAUGAGCAACCACUGUACGCACGCCUUGUAACUCGCUCUCUUGCUGCACUUGAGGCUAUUGUAGAUGGUGGAAAAGCUAAGUACAACAUCAAUGGGAAGCAUGUUUGGGCACGAAAAUAUGUGAAAAAGCCAAAUCCAAAGAACCAGCUUUCGCAAUUUGAGCUUUAUGAGGGACAAACCAGUUCACCAGUUGCAUCCACUUCAGAGUUCUCUUAGAUCGAUGCGCAGUCUGCUUUAUAUGUGCUUAAUUACUUGAUGUGUGGGUUGUUGUUGUUUUAGUAAAAGGUGUCAUGUUGUUAUAUUACUAUUAUUUUUUACUUGGAUGUUUCGUGGAUUUUAGUUUGAUUAUAUAUGAUUUUGCUUAAACUGGAUGUUUUGCUGUGUUCAAGAUUUGAAUAAUAUAUAAGAACUUCUCUGUUG